AUGAAUUAUUGUUCUUUUUGUUUCAUUCACGUGAUUUUUCGCCCUAUUUUGUUUGAUUUUUCUUCUUUCUUUCUUUCUUUCUUUCUCCUACAUCCGCCAAAAUUCUUCCUUUCUUUUUUCAUUCCACCUUCUUUCUUUUUUCCAUUUCCACCUACGUUCUUUCUUUCUUUCUUUCUUUCUUUCUUUCUUUCUUUCUUUCUUUGUCUCCUUUCUUCUUUUUCCCCCUUCUGUCUAUCUGUCUAUCUUCCUUUGUUUUUUCUCCAUCCCUCCUCCUUCUUUCUUCCUUUUUCCCUUUCUAUCGGUCUGUCAUUCAUUCUUUCUUUCUUUCUUUCUUUCUUUUUCUAUUUCCACUUACCUUCUUUCCUCGCCCUUCUUUCUUCCUUUUCCCCCUUCUGUCUUCGGUCUGUCUGUCUGGCUGUCUUUCUUUCUUUUUCUAUUUCUAUCAACCUAAUUAAUUUCUUUCUUUCUUUCUUUCUUUCUUUCUUUCUUUCUUUCUUUCUUUCUUUCUUUUUUUUUAUCCACCCCUCCUCCUUCUUUCUUCCUUUUUCCCCUUUUGUCGGUGUCUCAUUCAUUCUUUCUUUCUUUCUUUCUUUUUCUAUUUCUACCUGCCUAAUUUCUUUCUUUCUUUCUUUCUUUCUUUCUUUCUUUCUUUCUUUCCUCACCCUUCUUUCUUCCUUUUCGCCCUUCUGUCUGUCUGUCUGUCGAUCUUUGUUUUUUCCCCAUCCUUACUCUUUCUUUCUUCCUUCUUCCCCUUUUGUCGAUCUUUCUUUCUUUCUUUCUUUUUCUAUUUCUACCAACCUAAUUUCUUUCUUUCUUUCUUUCUUUCUUUCUUUUCUUUUCUAUUUCUACCAACCUAAUUUCUUUCUUUCUUUCUUUCUUUCUUUCUUUUUCUAUUUCUACCAACCUAAUUUCUUUCUUUCUUUCUUUCUUUCUUUCUUUCUUUCUUUUUCUAUUUCUACCAACCUAAUUUCUUUCUUUCUUUCUUUCUUUCUUUCUUUCUUUCUUUUAUAUCCAGCAACAUUCUUUCUUUUUUCAUUCCAACUUCUUUCUUUCUUUUUCGAUUUCCACUUCUUUCUUUCUUUCUUGUUUUUUUAUCUCUGUUUUCUAUCUGUCCAUCUUCAAUUUUUCUUUAAAUUCUUUCCUUCAUAG